AUGAGAGGAACGAUGACGAGACCGCCAAACAACGAAAACCUUCCGACAGUAAAACUGGUGGUGGUCGGAGACGGUGGCGUCGGCAAAAGCGCCAUCACCAUACAAUUUUUUCAAAAGCUAUUCGUUACCGACUACGAUCCCACGAUAGAGGACAGCUACCUCCAGCAUGUCGAAGUCGAUGGGCAAUGGUGCAUGCUUGAUGUUCUUGACACUGCCGGUCAGGAAGAAUUCAGCGCCAUGCGCGAACAAUAUAUGAGGAAAGGCGAUGGUUUCCUGCUUGUUUAUUCGGUAACUGAUAAAAAUAGCUUUGAAAACAUUAUACAUUUUCACACGCAAAUUUUAAGGGUCAAGGAUAGGGACACCUACCCUAUGUUGUUGGUAGCUAACAAAGUCGAUUUGGUGCACUUAAGAAAGGUGACAGAGGAACAAGGCAGAGAUUUGGCUCAUAAACUGGGCAUGCCAUACAUUGAGACUAGUGCCAAAGAUCCUCCAUUAAACAUUGAUGCCACGUUUCACGAGGUUGUGCGUAUAAUUAGAAACCAGCCAAACCCAGGUAACGAACGAAGGCGAAAGAAGAAGUUUAAAAAAUUGGGUAAAUGCUCAAUCCUCUGA